CGGCGAGCCACUCACUAGUUCGCUUGAUUCUAGAGCGGCUCGACUCUUAGUGAACUGCCGCUGAGUUCGUGCGUGUAUGCAGUUAAUAUCUGCAGUCGUUCUAAAACAGUUCUUCGUGGUUGGUAAAAAGAUCGGUAUCAUUAGGUAUUCUUCGUUGGUGCUUGAAAGAACACAAAGCAGUGCAUGAGUUACUUGUGUUAGUGAAACGAGGCUUAGUCUAUUGAACGGUUGGAAAGUGCUGUUUAUGAAUGGAUUCUGGUUGAGCAGAGAAAUAAGUUAUUGCCUACAAGGCCACGAGAACACAUUGGACAAUAACCAGCUUCUGGUUAGACUGUAGACACGAAUUUCAUCUAAUCGUGUGAGAGAGAGAGACCCGGAAACCCUAGUAUAUAGCUACCCGGUUAGGGUGACGCUGGGUAACGCAAGAUUGGGGUAACAGCUCAGGUGCAAUUUUCGCACACAUAAAAAAAGCUAGACUUAUAUCAAAGAGUCCCUGUGAGGUACGAUAGCCUUAACCUUUCCAAAAUUGUUUAUUAUUAAUGAACUGAAUAAUUAACUAAUGAACUGACUACGGCAACUGAUGGUACUAGACGGUAACUUUACUUCUCGAGAAUGAACUCUCUGAUCAAACGCGCUUUGCUGAUGCUACUACAAUUUGGAUUACUAACGGAAGGUCUGAAUUUGAAAGACGCUCUCCCCGUCCCGUGGCGAGAUCGACGGGCCUGCCAGGUCGAUGACGAAUACUUCGAAGAGGAUUCGAGCCUUCUAACACUCUGUGACCCGGAUGGAGCUCUCCCACCAGCGCAUCGUAUGAUAACCAGCGAAAUGUUACGUCACUGCAAAGAGAAUUCCGCGGACAAUACAACCUUCCUGCUACUCUUGGUGAACGCUAUCAACCACGCAGACACGAACAUUAAAAAUGAGACAGCUGAGAUCGACCACCUGACGGAAAAUGGCGUGAACACGUAUAAUCUCACGAGGGAAGAGUCGGCCGUAUUCCUUGUCGUGGAGAAGGAACCGUUUGGGGUUAACUCAUGGUACAGCGACUCGCUUUCCUCCACUUUCUUCCCGUCUCUCGACCUGGAAGAGUUACUGACAAAUCUCACGGAGAGCUUCAGAACCGACAGCAAUUUCCCAUUUGCUGUCAAUAGGCUAGUGUACUUCUUUUGCGAGAAACUCCACGCCCCGCCCUACCGACCGGCGAAAUGGGACGCCCUCACCCUCCUGUGGAUGAUCCUGGUCAUCAUCGUCAUCGCCUUGGUCACGGGCACAGUGAUCCACCUCAUCAUGGUCCGGUACAAGGCCUUCCACAAAGGCGACGCCCCUGGGGAACAACUCCGGCAGCACCGCGGCAGACCAAGCCUUGGUCCUCUCUCCAUGGAGAUGGAGGAUUUCGGAACGACGCCCUUCCAGCCCAGUAGGAAUCUGCUCCUGAGCACUGACGACGUCACGGUCGUGUCCUCACAACAACAACAGACGUCCUCCACAGCAAAUCUCUUAGAGUCCUAAAGCAUAAUUGUCUCUGUAUUGAUGUGCGUCAAAUGUGUGUGUGUAACCAGAUACCGCCAUCUGCUCAUUUGAACUGGUUUGAGUCCUAACGUUCUAUGACAAAUAUGCCACACGCACGUGUAUAAUGGUAUGUGUUUAAUGCACGCUGGUAAACGUGCUAUAUAAGCAUGUAAAUAGGUGUGCGUCUAAUGGAUGUAAGCAAUUACCCUAUUUGCAUCUAAUGUUCGUUGACGAACAAUGUGAGCACAUAGAUUAGGUCUAAUGUGUGACAAGUAGCCACUGAACACCCUGAUGCUCAUGCGUCUAACGUGUGUAGAAACAUAUGCCAUGUGUAUGCGUAUACAGAAGUUUAUCUAAUGAUAUAUAAAGAUGUGCAUCUAACAUGGAGAUGAACCUGCUGUACAUGCGUAUGCAUUUGAAUAAAGUUAUGUACACCACGGUCUAGAUAAUAAUACACCUAGAGUACUACACGUUCCUGGUUUGCAUAGGGUAAGUUCUGGUACAUUCUCCUACAGCAAUGUCAGUCCUCAGACCAGAAUAUACAUUUUCAGGGGAAAAAAAUAAAAAUCCGUAUUUCUUUACAUUGGUUAGUGUAUAUAUUAGUACCUUAUAGCUCAGGACAUUCGGACAAAGCGACACGAAGAUAUUAAUCGUCACUGGUUUUUGCGAUUGGGCGUUGCAAAGACCGUGAUCAUCGGCGGCGAUGUUAAAUACAGAAUUUACCAUUGCAAAGUGAUGUUGGUCAAGAUAUCGCUUUAACUGCAGAGUGGAAUUAUCAGCACGGAGUUAACAUUGACUAUCAGGUAAUUAGAGGUCCAAGCUAGGUUGAUAACCACUUAUAAACGGCUACUGUCAUCGUGGUUCUCGUAUACGCUAUAAUUCAUUCUAUUUAGGUAAACUUAAUGAAGAAAGAUCAUUGACGAUCAGUCACCAAAGGUUUCCUGCAAGAGUUAGCCAAACAAAAAUCGGUCUCUGAGAAAGCUUAUCUAGUUUAUUGAAGCCUGGAGUAUAUAGAACAAACCGUGUGGCUUAAGAAUCUUACGUUGUUGGAUAUUUUUUAUGCAAGUGUUGCUAUUCUGCCAAUUUGUUUGUAGAUAUAUUUUUUCUUUUUCAACUUCGUCACUGACUUUUACUAAUUAUGUGGCCUGAAAACCGAGGAGAGUUCCCUACCCAGAACUCGAAAAAAAAGAAAAGAAGAAAGAAAAAAAAUUCAGACUAGGCCUAUAAUGUAGGCUUCUUACAUAAAGUUUUCGGACACGCGUCGUUUUUACGCUUAUUAUUAAUCCUGUUAUUUGUGGUCUUUGAUUCAAUUAAAAUCGAGUCGGUAAUUUUACAAAAAAAAAAAAAAAAAAAAAAAAAAAAACUCCACUGGGCGUCGUCUUUAGUACUAUCCCCUCGGGAUGAACGCAAAGAAAUAGACAAAAGACGGUAAAUAUCUCAAAUGAACUUCUCACCGGCAAUGAUUUCUAUACUCCCUUUUCUACACAGUCCAGUAAAAAAAUAUUAAUAAACGAUAUCUCCGUGCAGAGCACCUCUUUAGAAUUACCUGAAGACUCUCCAGAGCCUAAGCCUACAAAUAGGCCUAGUUCUCACUCAAUGUCAGGUACUCGCUUUAUAAUUAAGAGAUUAAAAAUGUAAAGGCAUAAACUCUGAAUAGGCCUACCUUUCGAAUACUCGCAGUAUUCUUCCAUAAAUCUCAGGUUUAAUUCCUCAUAGUUUAACGUUUCUUGAAUAAUAAUUAAAAAAUCUUUAGAAAGGCCUAUCGGACGGGAAGCCUUACGUGGUCUAGGCUUAGGUUAACCCACGGAGGAGGAUAUGUGUACAAAGACGUUUAAUUUUUUAUUUUAUCUUUUAUUAAGAUGUUCAAUUAGAUAUACCAAUAUUCCGAGAAUAAAUGUUGAAUAUUUAUA